CUCACAGUCUCUCACCUCAGAGCUGUGGUCCAAACCCGGUGUCUCUGUCUCUGCCCGACAGUAAACCAUGUAAGCGACCGAGCUGGGGACAUUGAGGCUCCUCGGUGUCACCGGAAAACCGAACGAAACGAAGCAGCAGCGACUACGAGCAAAAUGGAGCAAAACCGGAGGACAGUACCGACUUAAUGGUUCAACUCUGAGAGCUCCGGCCCCUGCAGACGCUGUCCCAGACGUAAACACACACCCUGACGUGAGAGUUACCCAGUCCUGUGGACAGGAACACAACAUGGCCUCCAGCACACCGACUGGAAAUCUGCCCAGCGGCCUCACGGACAGGAGCGGUAGCUUCUUUAAGCUGAUUGACACAUUUGCGUUGGAGAUUGGGGAGCUGAAGAAGGAGAUGGUCCAGACCUCUCCAACAGUUGACAAGGAGCCCAUGGACUUACAAGGGCUGGAGAAUGAAGUGAGUGGUGUUUACCUGCAGUCCCCCCACUGUGGCGGGGUGGGGGUUGAGAGGGAUUCUGGGUACGACUCCUUGCGGAGGAGGAUGAGCGUGUUGGACAGGCUGACUCAAACCCACCCGGUGUGGCUGCUGCUGGCAGUCAGCGAAGAGGAGGCCAGUCACAUACUGCUCAAGCAGCCACCGGGGGUUUUCCUGGUCAGGAAGUCAGCCGCUCUGCAGAGAAAAGUUCUCUCCGUGCGUCUGAAGGAGGAUCAAUCAGGAACUCCCAUCAGCCACUUCCCUGUCAGAGAGAGCCAGUACACCUUUUCUCUUGAGGGAUCUGGAAUCAGCUUUGCAGAUCUGUUUCGUCUGGUGGCUUUCUACUGUAUCAGCAGGGAUCUCCUGCCAUUCACACUCAAACUCCCAGAGGCCAUUGCAUCUGCUAAGACUCAGAAAGAACUGGAGGAGGUGGCUCAGCUUGGAGCAGGAUUCUGGGACUCUGCCCUGUGUAGUCAGCGCCGCACCUCUCCCUGUCCCCGUCGCCCUCUGAGCCGUACCCUCAGCCCCCAGCGAACUAACAGGAACAGGGAGGUCAAAGGGUCACAGCAGAGACUCGCCGGGGCUCACUGCGACAGUGCACCCCCGACUCUACGGUCUCACGCUCCUCCACCUUCCUUUCAUCUGGAGAGAAGGCACUCCAGCGGUCCUCUGUGCUUUGUCAACCCCCUGUUUCUCCAGACUCAUCACCACCACUGCUGUGGGGACGAUCCGCCUUCACGUGCCAAAAUCAAGUCUGAUAACAACCUAGAGAAUGCAGGGAAUGCGUCCGUAAAGCCAUCAAGCAGCAACCAAGGUAGUGAGCAGCACGUGGACAAGAUCAAACUCAACGGCAAAUCACAUCCCCCUCCACCUCGCCCACCUCCUCCACGCUCGAUGCCACGCCGGCGCCCUGCCCCACCUCCGCCUGGCCCUCCAGCGGCUACCACCAGACCCAAGAGCAUGCCAGAGGCUGUUGCUGUGUCUACAAAGCAACAACAGCCCUCUUGCAGGCGCCCAGCCCCCGCUCGACCACCGAUGGGUGCCAAGCACAGCAGCCCGUCCAAGACUGCCAGCUCACCAAUCCCUGUGCCUUCAAACCCACCGCCUCCAAGGCCUAAGAAGCCUGAUCUGGAAGCUCACCGCUGCCACAUUGCCCUGGAUGAUGAGACCAUCGCUAAGGCUCUGUCCCGUGCCAAGCUUCCGCCCUGCCAGCCUCCACCUGCUGUCCCUGCUGAUGCACUACUGGAGAAUAACGCUGGGAGUCUGUCCAUUCCUAAUGAGAGGGGACGCCAGCGACUCAGUGACAUGAGCAUGUCUACUUCUUCUUCUGACUCACUGGAUUAUUCACAGUCCCCUGGAUUCUCCCUGGGCCUGGCCCCCAGCCCGUCCCUACACCUUAAUCAUCAAGACCCAGUGGAGGACAGCAGUGAAGACGAUGACGACGGGGAAGAGGACGAGGAGGAAGACUAUGGGGUCGGCCUAGAGACGGACCUAGAAAUGCGCCUCCGCCCGUCGCUCAAAGUGCGGCGGCGGCAGAGGGUCGGUGUGAGCCUUGGCGGCGGCUCCUUUAUCCUCCCCAGGGCCCUGAAGGGACGCUUCCGCAAGGUGAGCGGCAUGCUCAGCUCCUUCAUGACCCCGGAGAGACGGGCAGUGAAAAGGAUCGCCGAGCUGUCCAGGGACAAAAGCUCAUAUUUUGGCUCCCUGGUCCAGGAUUACAUCAGCUUUGUUCAGGAGAACCGAGGCUGUCACACAUCAGGGAUGGAUUUUCUGCAGACUCUCAGGCAGUUUAUGACACAGAUGAAGGCUUACCUGCGUCAGAGCUCUGAGCUGGACCCCCCUAUUGAGUCUCUCAUACCUGAGGACCAGAUAGACCAGGUGCUAGAGAAGGCCAUGCACAAGUGCGUCCUAAAGCCUCUGAAGAGCGUGAUCGAGGUGGCUUUACAUGACUUCCAGGUGAGCAGUGGAGCUUGGCAGCGACUGAGGGAGAACCUAGCCCUGGCUAAGACCAAGAAGCCCCAGGAGCUAGGGGUGGAUGGAGCUGUGCCCCCUGACCCCGUGGCGAUUGAGAAGAUCUGCCACAAGUUCCUAAGCAUGCGGAAGAUGUACUCCCCGGAGAAAAAGGUGUCACUGCUGCUGCGUGUGUGUAAACUCAUCUACACCAUCAUGCAGGAUAACUCAGGGAGGAUGUACGGUGCCGAUGACUUCCUGCCCAUGCUGACUUAUGUCGUGGCUCAGUGUGACAUGCCGCAGCUGGACACAGAGAUCCAGUACAUGAUGGAGCUGCUGGACCCAUCUCUGCUGCAAGGAGAGGGUGGCUACUACCUGACCAGCGCUUACGGAGCCAUGGCCCUCAUCAAGAACUUCCAGGAGGAGCAGGCGGCCCGGGUGCUGAGCUCCGAGGCCAGGAACACCCUGCACCAGUGGCACCGCCGGCGGACCACCCAGCGUUCAGUGCCGUCUGUGGACGACUUUCAGAAUUAUCUCCGUGUAGCCCUGCAGGAAUUGGACACGGGCUGCACGGCCAAAACCCUGGUCGUCCACCCUUACACAACCACAGAGGAGGUCUGCUCACUCUGCGCUUACAAGUUCAAGAUCCCUGACCCUGAGAACUAUGCACUGUUUCUGGUCACUGAGGACACCAGCCAGCAGCUCGCCCCGGACACACACCCUCAGCGAAUCAAAGCUGAGCUCCACAGCCGGCCCCUUACACAGAUCUUCCACUUUGUCUACAGGAAGGUGUCUAACCUGAACCUCUGUAUCCCUGCCGUCAUGCACAACGGAAACUGCCUUUAAGCUGAAUAGCGGAGGAGGAUGUAACAUCUUGCCACACUUGAUCCUAAACAAUAGUUAUGUUUUGUGCCAUUCUUGUGGUGCUUGUAGAUGUUUAUUUUGUAGAUAGAUUUGAGGAUGUCUGAAUGGAAACAGAAACCAAGUUGUAUAUUGGCAUAUUGAUGCAGAUAUGAAAUGUCUUUGAUCCAAAAUGAUGCCAUGCAGAUUAGAAGGUCAUUUAUUUUUAUGAAGAAAAGGCAAAGAAUGGUAAGCUUGUUGCUUGUUUGGUUCGAGUUAUCAACAGUUCAAGCAUUUAGGGUCCAUUUGGUCCUGCUGAGCUGAACGGAGAUUGUUGGAUCGCGUAUAGAGGCUGGUUUGCAGGAUUUUUAGUAUGUGAAGAGUUAAAUGGAGGUGAGCGUUCUUCAGUUGGUCGUGUAUAACAUCCUCAAAGCAGAGGUCAUACAGUUUAAUAUUGCAUUAUAUGUAACUAACGUUUGCCUUAACUGCUGUUAGCCCAGGUGCCUUCAAAAGGAACUGAACAUACUGUAUGCUACUGAAAGCUUUCAGCCAGUGAUUAUACAACAAACUGACCCAUGCUAAAACAUUGAUUUAAUAAGUAAAAUGAACUGUUGUAAAAGAUAUGAUUGUUUUUUUAUUGCUCUUAUGUUUAUUUUCUGCAGUUGCUGGUCAAUUGUAGCGUGUAUGUCUGUCUGUGUAGAAAUAUUUUUAUAUUCAAUUUAUGUCCUUUUUCAUCAGGAAAGGAAAGAUUUGUAUUCUGAUUUAAUAUUUCUGUACCGGACUCAAUAGUGGACUUGGAUUUAUGCCAGUUAUUUCUCAAUUUAAGACAACACUGUUUCUACUGUUUGUUAUGGAAAGCUCAAAGCUGACUGUGGAAAUAUAUAUAAAAUCCAAACAAAGUUA